UGCGAUGUUUAAUUGUACUUGUCAUUAUUGCUUAGGACAGCAUUGGCUAGUCAAUGGCAUCUUAAGUCUUCUCAAUCAAAAUUUUGAUACAUCCCAAGAAUAUUUACCUAAUGGUAUUAGUUAUUACGAGUUAGCAAUGCCAGCUUUGCUAGAAUUUAAUGAAUCAACUGUACAGUGUGUUGUCUUUAAUGGAUCAAAUCCACAUAUUUUCAGCUCAACAGUACAAUUGUUAGUACAAGGUUUGUUGUCAGAAGUUUCCCAUCCAUCAGUAACACAGAUUAACAGUACAGUCCUGUCAUUACAGUACACAGCUCCAUAUACACUAACAGGAGUACCAAUAUUACACUAUAAUAUACUAAUAUUACCAACUAAUGCAUCAGUUAACAUUACUGAUACACAAUACAAUAUACACAUUAAUGAUCAUUGUAUUAAUUACAACAUCAUUAUAACACCAUGGAAUAUUGUUGGUGCUGGCAAUAUCACUACACUCUCAAAUAUCAUUUUAUAUCAAGCUCCUGUUGUUACAAUGCCACAGCUUAUAGAAGAAUAUAAUAAUGGAACAUUGCAAGUUUAUAUUGAAUUUCAGUAUAAUAUAUCCUGUAAAGGAACAGUGCCUCAAUCAGUUUCAUUGACAAUAAAUAAAGACAAAGAGUAUCAUUGUUCAGUGGUAUCUCCUACUACUAAUAACUGCACUGUUACUACUGAAGAUACAGUUUAUGUUAGCGUAACUAUGAACAUAACAAAUGCUUUGGAAUAUGGUGCUAUUUAUAGUAUCAGUAUGUCAGUUAAUAAUACUGAAACUACUGAUUUCACUUUCAACAUAAGCACAUAUCAUGUCAUUACAGCUGCUUUAUUAUCAACUAAUGAUACAACGGUUUGCCUUGAGUGUCAGUUUAAACAAAACUCUCCAUCAACUGGUUGCUAUGCUGUAUUUCAUCCUAUCAACACAACAGGAGAAGUAUUCCCAAUAUAUUACAGAAUAAUGAAAUCACUACAUGAUACAAUAGUUAGUGAUUGUAUUAGUACUCUACCCAAUGGAGUAUACAGUAUAUCAAUACUGGAUGCUUUAAGCUAUGAAGAAGGAAUGUUCAACAAUACUGCUAUCAAUAUACCAUCAUUAAUAACUAUACAAAAAAUGACUACCACCUUGUUAGUGUCUUCAAUGUCUGUAUCACCAGCUACUACAGUUUCAUUUCAAUCAUUUGUUGAUGGUGACACAUCUUCCUCUUUUUUCUUCUCUCCUCCUUUUUCUACAAAUUACAAUUAUCCUGUGACCACGUCAGUGACGUCACCAGCUAGAAGUGGUCCAUCAGUCCUUACAAUAACAUUGAGUGGUGCUGCAGUAAUUGUAAUAUUAAUAAUAAUAAUAAUUACUGUGGUUAUAGUUGGUUUGUGCAUUACUGAAAGGAAAAAGAAAAACAAGAAAGCUGGUGACACUGCUCUUUAUCAUACAGCAUCAGCAAUAAAUCCAAUGAUAAAAGAAUACAACGCAACACUAAACGAAGCAUAUGAUACCAUUGGUGGUGUCACUCAUCCUAAUAUGGCUUAUGAGACUAUAAAAGCAACAGGAAGAGGAACUACUGCAGGAGGGAUACAAGCUAAUGUUGCAUAUGAGAGUAUCAGAGCCAAUUCAGUGCAAGUGGCUCCUACUGAACCAACUGAAAGAAUGUAUGAUACUAUUAAUAAGUAAUUUACAAUGUGUGACAAAUGCUAUAUUGACAGCUGAUUUAAGUUUGGUGUAUUUGUCAUUACUCAUCCCUUUCAUUAUAAUUAUGUAGCUAUUAUUAUGAAUUGAACUUUGCUUGCUUAUAGGCUUGCUCUUUUACUGUUUCACAUUUAU